AUGAAGAUUAAUGCCACUGUGAUUCCAGCUCCGAGAAAAUCGGUGAAGAGAAUGAUGUUCGAAGCCAUGGUUGGUUUUCUCUCACGCUUGUGUUUCGCUUCCGAUGAAGACCCUCCCAUGUACGAGGAAAGUGUCUCCGCCGACAUGGACAGAGCAACACGCCGCAAAAACAAGAACGACAACAAACGUAUAUACGCCACCACGGACCACCAUGCUUUAAUUUUGCCAGAUAAAGUACACUUGUCAUCAAAUGAUGAAUAUGAUGCAAAUCGGUAG